AUGAAGACCGUCCGUGUCUUGUCCGAAUCUUCCACUUUUUCAAUCUGCGUUGCCCCCGGUAGGUCCGCUCAGGUCCGCAAAAUUCCUUUUUCCGUCGCUCUUGUUGCCCGUUUGCCCCCCCACAAUCUCAUUCUUCCUAACGCUCCGUCCAGCUCUCCCUGUCACUUCGCGCCGCCUUGUUCACAGCUUCCCUGCGUUCAUCACAGCAGCAACCUUCCUGCUUCCCCCAAGGACCACAACAGUGGACAACAGGUUAUCGCUAUGAUGAACAAGGUGAACUUUGCGGCGUUGCUGGGAGUCGUGCUGGCCUUGACUGGGUCUGUCGGCGCUCAGACUUGCACCGGCGGAAUCUCGGGCGUGCAGUCGACCUCCGUUGACGUGUGCUGCACCCUGGAGUGCGGGACUUGCGGUGGCGUCGGGUGCACCCCAGACAACACCUCGUCGCUCACGGCGCUAGACUGCUGCGCCACUGAGAUAGUGGACUCCGGCAUACUGUGCUCCGACACCGGCGUUGCCCCUUGCAUCCUCACCACAGAGGCCGCAUCCGCGGACUCGACGUGUGACAAUGGCCAGACCGGUAUCCAGGACCCGGACACGGACGUCUGCUGCCCGCUAGAGUGCGGCGAGUUCUGCGGAGGGGAGGGAUGUGGAACCAUCCCCGGUGUUGACGCCAGCCAGUGCUGUGCAUCCAUCAUCGAGCAGUCGGGCAUCGUGUGCGGAGACGGCGUUGAGGCGCCCUGCACUCAAGUAGCAGUUGCUAUCGCCGACUCGGUCUGCAGCAACGGCUUCCCCGGUAUCGAGAGCGAGGAUGCGACCGUCUGUUGCGACCCGGCUUGCGGUGUCUGCGGUGGCUCCACCUGCGGGGACGUGGCGGGCCUUACCGGCGCCGACUGCUGCACCGGCACCAUCAUCGCCAACGACGAGCUCUGCUCCGAGAAGGGGUCCGCUCCGUGCGUCGUGGACCCUCCUGAGGUGACUGACUCCACCUGCGCCAACGGACUCCCUGGCGUUUCUUCGGGAUCGGUCUGCUGCGCCCAGGAGUGCAACGGCGUCUGCGGCGGGGACGGAUGCGGGGCCAUCGCCGGCACCAACGGCGCUGAGGACUGCUGCGCGGCCACCAUCCUGGCCGCCAACAUCGCCUGCGUUGACACCGCUCCCUGCGUGAUGGUCGAAGGCACUUUCACCCCCUCCCCGGCUGUGGUCCCGACCGUUGCCGCCACCACCAUGGCUCCCCUCGCCCCGGGAGAGACGGUCACCAUGGCGCCUACCCCGACAUCGCAGACCGCCGCCCCCACGGCCGGUUCCAGGGACCUUGACUUCGGCACCGGUGUGCCCACCCCUGCUCCCACUUCCUUCGAGGAGGCUGUCAUGAGUUCGGCGCCCACCGCUGGCUCGAGGGACCUCGACCUCGGCGGAAGCAUGGCGCCAACGGCUGGUUCGAGGGACCUCGACCUUGGCACCGCGGGGCCUUCUGCUCUGAGUGACACCAUGGCCCCGAGCACCGCGGCGACUGCCGGCUCCGCGGCUCUGUCGGCAGGCAGCGUUGUAACCGUCGCCGCUAUGGCGGGCGGCAUGUUCGCGGUGCUGGCGGCAACACGCAACUGACGAGAUGCGGCGCAACCCAAAUUUUACAAACGAAAUCGGCGGCAUGGAACGAAGCGGGAACGGACUCGGAAUGGAAGAAGUCUUUCUCCUCUGUUCCGGUGCCCAAGAUAGUUCCCCUCAACCCGUGUUGUUAUUUGUUGUCUCCACGCGUGUGCGUUUGCGUUUGCGUGGUUUUGUGUGUUCUGACCCACUCCUGCUUUUGUCGUAUCAGGAAUCCGGGUGUGUCGGUAUUCUUUCCCGAGAUUUGUGUGGCAUUUUUUAUCAGGCAAGGAAGCUUGCGUCGUAAACGUCCUUGGAUGUCGGCGAAGGGGUUUCAAGCUUGAUCGCGGGUAGCGGGGAGGGGUAGGGUAACUUGGGCGAACAGGGGGGCCUCUAGAGAGAGAUCUGUCUGGGUUGUUAUUGACGAGCUUCCAUCUUAUCGGCAUGGUUGUCAGCCAUGUGUUGUGAGGCUCUCGAGUUGUUUGAUGGGUAUCGGGGUGGGAGUUGAAAUAGGCAUGUACUUUUUUCAAGCUUGACAAGUCGACCGACUCCAUAAAGUGGGAAGGAACCAACAGUCGUCUCAAAGACGGUGGGAGUCGCGUUGCAUAGCAUUCGAGCGCCGGGUCUCUCGGCUGGGUAUCCACGCUUUGUUGGCUUCAAUGGCUCCCAUGAGGUGUUCGGCACCUCCCGUUUUAUAUAUGUCCGAUGCCAGCCGGCUGACCUUGAGUCGGGCGGUGUGGCGGAAAGGAAGACUGGAGAAGAAACCUUAUUGAGGGUGGAUUCUUGAUUCACGUGACGUUUUGGUUGUCCCAUCAGCUCGUCCGUUCGUCCGGGCAUGAUGAUUGAAUGGGAGAUUCGUUCUCGUCCAGCUAGUUGUCGGCGAGAGAAUCGAUGACAACCAACGGGGCUUGAAAUUCGUGAACGUUCGGAAAACGGUUCCGGUUCCCUUGUGGUGGCAACUUUUGUUUCGUCGAAUAUGUGGGGAUUUUCCGAGUGUUGUCCAGAAGACAGGAGGCUUCCGAUGGGAAACUUUUUUCUUGUCUGUUCUAGUAGUUGUCCCCAUCCCCAAAAAGUUGUAUUGGUAUUUGGUCGUGUGUUUGAUUGAGUCUCAACAGUCACGAUUUUUUUUCCAUGUGUUCCCCUGUACCCCGGGUCAUUCGACGCGGGGCCGCGAAUUAGCAAUACAGGCGUUGCCAUCAUCCUGGCCUGUAGGCUGUUUUAAGGACCAUUUCCUCAACUUGACUAUCGUCUCGAUUGGCUGCUUUGCCUGGGACGUUCGAUUUCGUUUUUGGGGACUUGAUUUUUUGUUCAAGUGUUGUUUCUGCAAUACGCGAAUAGCCUUCGAUGCCGUUGCUUCAGCAGUUCCAUCAGUCUCUUGGGGCUUCCGCCGCACACUCGGUACUUUUUUUGUAUUGCAUUGUCUCUGCGAGUAGAUGAGAUAGCCCUGGAUAGCUAACGUUCUUGCCUUGACUAUUUCUUUGUCGAUGCAUGGCUGGGUGCCUCAAUCAAGGACUUGUAAUUUUCAUCUUGUUGCUUUGUUCAGCUGCUGGCCAUGGCUACUCUUGCGGUUUUCUGUCGGGAAGCCUCGCGAUGGUCGGGCGGGGAGGCUGUGGUAUACGCGGUUGUUCGCAUGUAUGUGCGGGGGGAGAGAGGAUGUAUGUUCAUAGUCCGCAGGCGAGAACAUAUUUUGAGCGGUGACUUCAAAAUAUAGCUCGGUUGCAUAUAUAAACAAAAAGAAUUACGUUUUGGACGUUUUGAUAUACCAGACUGGUGUUGUAGGUCAUGUUGUUGUUGUUGUUGUUGCUUCCAAGAACGGUGCACGGGAUCUAAUUUUUCGGUCGGAGAAGAUAAUAGAUGGUGUCGUGAUGAUCUGGAUGGAGAUAAAGAGGAGGCGUGCUAGCGGGAGGAGUAGGUCUCCCCGCCACGUAAAACAACGAAACUUUUUUUCGUCUCUGCUGCUGAUUGUUAAGCGAUGUUCCUAAUAGCCAUCAUCGUAUGCUUAAUUUGCACGCUGUGGCCGCGAUACACCGGAAGUCACC